UGGGCGCCCUGGAAGCCACCCCGUGCGCCGGGGGCCCAGCACAUCGCGCGCUACCCGACUGGCAGUCGGCUUUCCCGCCACGCGGGGGCGCCGCCCCAACCCGGAGCCCGCAGGGCUGGGGUUCAGCAGGGCAGGGCGGAAGCCGGUACCUGCAACUCACCAGCCGGGCCUCCGGGACUCCGCUAGCAGGCCCGCCCCCACCACGUGGCCCAGGCCGGAAGCCCCGCCCCGAAAUCGCGUGCCGGAGAGCUGGGCAUCUUGCUAGCCUGAGGGGCGGGGAAUGGGUCGGAGUGCCCCGCCCCUUCCGCGCACGGCCGCGCCCCUUCCGUUCAACUUGGGUGGGCCCUGGAGCGGCGUCGGCGGCCAUGGCUACUCGGGCCGCCCGGCAGGCCUGGCGCAGAGGUCGUGUUACGCCGCUGGCCGGCGCGCGGGUCCGCUCGGCUGAGGACUGGUGGUGGGAUCGGCUGGCGCCGAGUGGCUCCGGGUGCCACCUGCUGCAGUCGGACAGCAUGUUGCUGGUGCUGCCCGGCCCAGGGCCCGCCCGCGCCCGCACGAAAAGGCGAGCCGCCCGCCGCGCUCAGCGGCAGCCGCACCCGGGCCCUCGCGCCGCAGCUGCGAAGCCCAGAGCCACGUCCCGGCCGGAGCCGGCGGCCGCGCCCGAGCAGGGGCCCGACGCUGGCUGGGGAGACCGCAUUCCCUUGGAAAUCCUGGUGCAGAUUUUCGGGCUGCUGGUGGCAGCCGAUGGGCCCAUGCCCUUCCUGGGCAGGGCCGCGCGCGUGUGCCGCCGCUGGCAGGAGGCCGCCUCCCAACCCGCGCUCUGGCGCACCGUGACCCUGUCGCCCCCGCUGGCUAGCCGCCCUGCCAAGGGUGGAGUCAAGGCGGAGAAGAAGCUCCUUGCUUCCCUGGAGUGGCUUAUGCCCAAUCGGUUCUCACAGCUCCAGAGGCUGACCCUCAUCCACUGGAAGUCUCAGGUACACCCCGUGUUAAAGCUGGUAGGUGAUUCCUGUCCUCGGCUCACUUUCCUCAAGCUUUCAGACUGCCAUGGUGUGACCACUGAUGCUCUGGUCAUGCUAGCCAAAGCCUGCCGUCAGCUCCACAGCCUGGACCUACAGCACUCCAUGGUGGAGUCCACAGCAGUGGUGAGUUUUUUGGAGGAAGCAGGGCCCCGAAUGCGCAAGCUAUGGCUGACCUACAGCUCCCAGACAACAGCCAUCUUGGGCGCGCUGCUGAGCAGCUGCUGCCCUCAGCUCCAAGUCCUGGAGGUGAGCACUGGCAUCAACCACAAUAGCACUCCCCUCCAGCUGCCUGUUGAAGCACUGCAGAAAGGCUGCCCCCAGCUGCAGGUGCUGCGGCUGCUGAACCUCACGUGGCUGCCCAAGCCUUCCGGGAGAGGGGUGGCUCUCGGACCAGGCUUCCCCAGCCUUGAGGAGCUCUGCCUCGCCAGCUCCACCUGCAACUUUGUGAGCAAUGAGGUCCUGGACCGCCUGCUCCACGGUUCCCCCAACCUGCGCCUGCUGGAUCUUCGAGGCUGUGCCCGUAUCACGCCUGCUGGCCUGCACAAUCUCCCAUGUCAGGGUCAGCUGUGCCUGGGUGGUGGCUGGGCAGAUGAAAUGUGGGGACUCUUGCCUGCCCUGCUGCUCAUGCUCACUCCUCUCACCUUAGAGCUGGAGCAGCUUCACCUGGGCCUGUAUGGCAUGUCAGACCGGCUGACUCUAGCCAAGGAGGGCAGUCCCCUGUUGACCCAGAAGUGGUACCACACCCUGCGGGAACUGGACUUGAGUGGCCAGGGAUUCAGUGAGAAGGACUUGGAGCAGGCCCUCGCUGCCUUCUCAGGCACCUCUGGGGGCUCACACCCAGCCCUGUGUUCCCUUAACCUCAGGGGUACCCGGGUCACACCAAGCACGGUCAGCUCUGUGGUCAGCAGCUGCCGAGGCCUGCUGUACCUCAACCUGGAGUCCUGCCGCUGCCUUCCCAGGGGCCUGAAGCGGGCCUACCGGGGCCUUGCGGAAGUCCAGUGGUGUCUGGAGCAGCUGCUCACCACCCCUCCCUCCCCGCACUAAGCAGCUACACACCUCAGAGGCCUCAGCCAGCCUGCCCCACCCUGUGUGCUUCCCCAGUUUUGAAUAUUCGAGCAUUUUGUUACAAUAAAACAUUUUUUAGGAA